AUGGGUUUAUUUGGCGCAUUAGCAGGAGUCGCAUCUAGAUUUUUGCCCGCAGUGGGAACACUAGCCAGAGGUGCAUUUGGAAUUGGAAGGAAGAUUUUGAGUACAUUAGGUAUACUGAAAGAGAAAGCACAACCUAUUAUACAAACUGUACAGAAAGGUUGGGAGGUAGCACGAGAUGCAGCAAAUCUUAUUCCAAAUCCUGAAACAAGAGGAAAAGUUCAAGGAUGGAUGGACAAUGUAGGAAGACAAGCAGGAAACUACUAUAACAAAGCAAAUGACUACUAUAACCAAGCAGGACACUAUAUGGACCAAGGUGA